AUGCCCAGCGGUCGUGCGCCCCGACACCGGCACUCGGACGAAGGCCCUCGCCCCCGCUCCUUCGACCGCAGCCACGACCACGACUCGCAAGACUAUGAGGACAUGUACGCGCGCGCACCACCCCCCGUCUACGCCGGCCGCGACGACGACCUGCACGCCACCCGCGCGUCCGCCCCGUCCGCCACCCGCGCGGACUCGUACGACGACGCGGCGAGCGUGAUUCACUGCGCGGAGCCCGAGCUCCACCAGCAGUACACCGGCUUCCGCGCCGUGUACUACAACCCCGUCAUCCAGGUCGUCUUCCUCGGCUUCGUCUGCUUCAUGGGCCCUGGCCUCUUCAAUGCCCUCAACGGCCUCGGCGGCGGCGGCAUGGUCGACCCCACCACGAGCGCGAACGCGAACAGCACGCUCUAUGCCACCUUUGCCGUCGCCGCCUUCUUCUCCGGGUCGAUCAACAAUGUGCUCGGCUCGCGGCUCACCCUCCUCCUCGGCACGACUGGGUACGCGCUCUACAUUGGCUCCUACCUGGCGUACAACAUCCACCAUGGCGUCGGCGCGUUCGUUAUCGCUGCGGGCGCGUACCUCGGCAUCAGUGCCGGCCUCCUCUGGACCGCCCAGGGCUCCCUCAUGCUCGCCUACCCCACCGAGCAGCAGAAGGGCAUGUUCAUCGCCAUCUUCUGGUCCAUCUUCAACCUCGGAGGCGUCGUCGGCGCUGCCGUCUCCCUCGGCGAGAACUUUGACAACACCGUGCUCGCCAAUGGGACAUACAUCGGCUUCCUGGUCUUGACCGGGAUAGGCGUCGUGAUCCCUUUGCUCAUGGCAAACCCCACAAAGAUGAUCCGCUCGGACGGGACCCGGGUUGUCACUUUCCGCCAUCCGUCCUGGAGGUCCGAGUUUUACGGCCUCUGGUUCACCCUCCGCACCGACCCCUGGAUCAUCCUUCUCUUCCCCAUGUUUUUUGCCAGCAAUUGGUUCUACACAUGGCAAUUCAACGACUACAAUGGCGCGCUCUUUACUAUCCGAGCCCGCGCCCUCAACAACCUUGUCUACUGGCUCUCCCAGAUCAUCGGGUCGGUCUCCAUCGGCUUCCUCUUGGACCAGCGCGGCCUCUCGCGUCGGUUCCGGGCAUUCGCGGGCUGGUGCAUUCUCAUGGUGAUGGUCUUCGUCGUUCAUGUCUGGGCCUUAUUCUAUCAAAGAGGGUACACUCGAGACACAGUGAGCGACAAGAUCGACAUCCACGAGGGCGUGUACGUGAGCCGCAUGUGGCUUUACAUCGUCUGUGGUCUCCUCGACUCGAUGUGGCAAACGACCGCGUACUGGUUCAUGGGCGCGAUGUCCAACGACCCGGCCAAACUCGCCAACUUCUCCGGAUUCUACAAAUCGCUCCAGUCGGCCGGCGCAGCAGGGGUUUGGCGCGCAGACGCCGUGAAGGUCCCGUUCAUGAACCUCUUCAUCUCGACGUGGGUCCUGCUUGUCGCGGGUCUCGUGUUCGCACUGCCGAUGAUCCACAUGCGCGUAAAAGACAGCAGUCGAGAAAUGGACGAGCUGACGUAUCUCCAGUAUCGGAGAGAACAAGAGAAGUCGCAACGAAGAGAUCAAGGAUGA